AUGACCAUUGAGGAUAUCAAGGAAGUGGUUUCUCAAUUUUCACAUGCGGCCCGUUUGGCUAUCGAGGUAGCCGGUUUCGAUGAUGUCGAGAUCCAUGGUGCGAAUGGCUAUCCGCUUGACUCCUUCACGCACGAUAACAUCAACAAGCGGACCGAUGAGUAUGGCGGGCCGGUCGAGGGUAGAUUGAAGUUCGCUCUUGAAGUUAUCGAUGGCGUGAUUGGCGCGAUAGAAAGUGAUAGGGCUGCCAUUCGCCUUGCACCGUACCAUGUCCUGCAGGAGACAAACGAUAGCAACCGUAUUGACACCUUCGCCGUGCUAUCGGCCGAGUUGGAGAAGAGACAGCUCGCUAAUGGCAGCCAUCCGACCGAGAAGUCAGAGAUCGCGUCAAUCUGGCCAUUUCGACGUAUUCUCAGAACCACGCCGGUAAUUGGUGCUGGAGGCUAUGGUGCAGAGUCUGCAGCGCAGGCAAUCCACGAAGGUCGCAUAGAUCUGGCCGCCUUUGGGAGGCACUUCACCUCAAAUCCUGAUUUACCAGAACGGCUCUUUCACGGAUAUCCGUUGACCAAAUAUCACCGGCCGACGUUCUACACCUCGGGCCUUCAGGGGUACCUUGGCUGGUCACGAUGGGGGGAAGAAGAGGCUGCAGAGCAGGGCAGCUCUUGA